AUGGCCGCCGCAAAGAUCCCCGUCAUCGACCUCUCGGGCGAGGACCAAACCCAAGUCGCUAAGGAGCUGGUCGAGGCUGCGAUUGAGCAUGGCUUUGUUUAUCUGAAAAAUACCGGCCAGGACAUUCCCGUUGAGGCUAUCGACGAAGCAUUUGAGAUGUCCAAGAAGCUAUUCGAUGCACCCCUGAGUGAGAAGCAGGCCUGCACGAUCCAAAAGAACAACCGAGGCUGGUCAGCCAUGAACUACGAGACACUCGACCCAGCAAACCAGCGUGUCGGCGACUUCAAAGAAGCCUUCAACUUCGGCGAAUUCCUCUCCCACAAAGCCCAACAACCCCUCCCACCAACCAUCCUCCCCUCCGAACCCCGCAUCAGCGCCUUCCGCGACCUCUGCUACCACCUCUCCCUCAAACUCACCACCCUCCUCGGCGCCGGCCUCCAAGUCACGCCCCCAUCCUUCUUCACCACCGCCCACCUCCGUUCCCAAGGUCCCUCCGGCACCAUCCUCCGCUUUCUCCGCUAUCCCCCGCGCGCUGCCCUCACCAUUACCACCACCGAACCAGCAGACAACAACAACAACAACAACAACAACAACAACAACAACAACAACGACCCCCAACCCCAAAGCGAAGACGUCCGCGCAGGCGCCCACUCAGAUUACGGCUCGCUGACGCUCCUCUUCCGUCUGCGCGGUCAGCCUGGGUUGGAGAUCCUGCUGCGCGACGGCAAGACGUGGUCGGCUGUCCCCGUGGUGCCGCCGGGCACGGAGAAUGACCCGGCGCCGCCGGUGCUGGUGAAUAUUGGGGAUUUGCUUUCGUAUUGGACUAAUGGGCUGUUGAGGAGUACCGUGCAUCGGGUUGUUUUUCCUUCUGCUGCUAGCUCUCAUGCGCCCGGAGGGGAUGAAGCUGGGAAUAAGGGGGGCGAGGGAGGGAAUGGAGUCCAAGGGGAGGUGGACCAUGGCACGCGGUACUCGAUUGCAUACUUUUGUCAUCCGUUUGGGGGCGCCGAGCUGGGGCCGGUGCCGAGUGAGAGGGUGAAGGGGUAUAAGGGGGGGUUGGCGGAGGGGAAUCCGUAUGCUGAGCGGAGGGUCAUGACGGCGGAUGAGCAUUUGAUGAUGAGAUUGAAGGCGAGUUAUGCUCAGUUGUAUGAGGGCAAGGAUAAGGAGUAG